AUGGCGGCCGGCUCCUUGGCCGAGGCCGUGGCGGAGGAGGAGGAGGGGGCGACGGCGGCCCGGGCCUGGGGCCCAGCCGAGGUGGCCCGGCGGCGUUUCCGCACGUUCCGCUACCGGGAGGCGGGCGGUCCGGGCGAGGCGCUGCGGCGGCUGCGCGAGCUGUGCCGCGGCUGGCUGCGGCCGCAGAGCCUGAGCAAGGAGCAGAUGCUGGAGCUGCUGGUGCUCGAGCAGUUCCUGCGCGUCCUGCCCGCCGGCCUGAGGGCGCGGGUGCGAGCGCGGCGGCCCGGCAGCGGGGAAGAGGCGGUGCGCCUGCUGGAGGGGCCGCCGCGGGGAGGGGGCGCCCAGCUGUCCCCGGAAGAGGAUCCCCAGCCGCCCAACACCGGGGUCCACGAUGACUUGUGGGCCAGGCCAGCAGGCCACCUCCGCGGGGGCCCCUCAGGUCCCAGUUCCGAGGUGCUUGCCGGUCUGGAAGGAGGGGAAGGCCCGGGGGCUAGGAGCACAGACUGUGAGCACACCGACAAGGACCAGAAAUGGGCUCCCUGGCAGCAAAGGUCUGAGGAAGGAGAGCCACCGGAGGGGAGAUCGGAAGCUGCCCCCAGCCCGGAGCACGCGGGAGCCUGGGAUUGUCAGGGAGGGCCGGAGAGACUCCCCAAGGCCCCUUCUCUGGAGGGAGGCGUGGGGGUGUCCGUGCCCCACGCGUGUGAGCUCACCAGGCACCAGAGGGGCCACGUGGGGGACAAGCCCUGCACGUGCCCCGAGUGCGGGAAGGCGUUCAGCCAGAGCUCCUACCUCCUUCAGCACCAGAGAGUUCACACCGGAGAGAAGCCCUAUCGCUGUCGAGAGUGCGGAAAAGCCUUCGCCUGGAGCUCCAACCUCAUCCAGCACCAGCGGAUCCACACCGGGGAGAAGCCCUACGUGUGUCCCGAGUGCGGCAAGGCCUUCCGGGCCCAUUCCCAGCUCAUCCACCAUCAGAAAAUCCACAGCGGCGAGAAGCCCUACCAGUGCCGGGAGUGCGGCAAGGCCUUCGGCAGGAGCACGACUCUCAUCCAGCACCAGCGCAUCCACACCGGCGAGAAGCCCUACCAGUGCCAGGAGUGCGGCAAGGCCUUCAACUGGAACUCCAACUUCAUCGAGCACCAGAGGAUCCACACGGGGGAGAGACCCCACGCGUGCGGCCAGUGCGGCAAGGCCUUCAGCCAGAGCUCCAACCUCAUCGAGCACCUGAAGAUCCACACGGGGGAGAAGCCCCACGCGUGUGGCCAGUGCGGCAAGGCCUUCAUGCGCAGCUCGGGCCUCCGGCAGCACCAGCGCAUCCACAGCGGCGAGAAGCCGUACCCGUGCCGCGAGUGCGGGAAGACCUUCCGGGAGAGCUCGCAGCUCAUCCAGCACCAGCGCAUCCACACCGGGGAGAGGCCCUUCGAGUGUGCCGAGUGCGGCAAGGCCUUCAUCCUCAUCUCCAACCUGACGGAGCACCAGCGCGUCCACACCGGAGAGAAGCCCCACGCGUGUGCCCAGUGCGGGAAGGCCUUCAGCCAGCGGUCCAACCUCCUCAGCCACCAGCGCAUCCACACGGGAGAGAAGCCCUACGCGUGCGGCCAGUGCGGGAAGACGUUCAAGGGCAGCUCCGGCCUCGUCCACCACCAGCGCAUCCACACCGGAGAGAGGCCCUACGCGUGCGGCGACUGCGGGAAGACCUUCCGCGGGAGCUCCGAGCUGCGGCAGCACCAGAGACUGCACUCGGGGGAGAAGCCCUACGUGUGCGGCGACUGCGGCAAGGCCUUCGUCCGCAACUCGGAGCUCAUCAGCCACCAGCGCAUCCACACCGGCGAGAGGCCCUACGCGUGCGCCUUGUGCGGCAAGCCCUUCAGCCAUCGCUCCAACCUCAACGAGCACCAGAAGCGACACACGGGCCGCAGGGCAAGCGCCGAGGCCGAGGGCUGAGGCCGGGCCAAUAAAGCUGCGUCUGCAGGAAGCGCAGGGUGCGAUUCGGGGCACGAGCCCCAAAGCCAACCCAGCUCUCGGCCUGGAGCUUACACGGUGGCGGGUGCUCUGCACCCUUCCUUGGGGGAGAAAGGGCCUCCGUGGCGAGGCCCUCCGGACGUGGCCGGGCUUCCGAGGUGGACCUUUAGGGCCGCUUCGAUCCCGCUGGCUUCCUUUGGCAUUUGGGGGAUCCGGAAGACCGACCAGGCAAGAAGCGUCUUCCCCAUGCAGCGCCCCGUGCGUAGCGCUGCCGGGGAUCCGGAGAAGGAGCCCCGCCGGCCUCGCCCUCGCGCAGCUGUGCCGCCAGCUUGCAGCGAAUAAGAGAAGGGAGGCAGGACCCCUGGUUAGGGUGGGUGGAGAGCCAGGCAGGCCCUGGGUUCGAAGCUGGGUGACCCUGGGCCAGUCACUUCAGCCUGUGGCCCAGCCCUUACUGCUCUUCGGCCUUGGUGCCGGCCCUUAGUGUUGACCCCAAGAGGUGAGGGGAGGGUUUACAAUAAGGCCUGAGGCUCUCCCAGGGACCCCCUCACAGCCCGAAAGCCUUCGGCACAACCGGCAACGACUGCUAGGCUUCCUUACCCCAAGGGGCUGCCUUCUCCAUUCCCACCACCACUAGGAAUCGGGCUCAGGCAAUGGGACUUGCCCAGACUGGAACUCGGGGCCCCCGAGAACAAAGGCUUCUGGGCAGAGCUCAAACAGAACUGAAAUGCUCGGACUGCUGCUGGCAGGAGCCCUAAAUGUGCCCUGUGGGGGCGGCCCCCAUUUUGAGGCUCGGGAGAGACGGCUGAGAAGUUCUGUGAUGCCGCCAGCCUCUCCUGCCCAGUGCCUGGGCCCUCAGAAGGUUAUUGGGGGGCUGGGAGCCCUCUGGAAGGGGAGGGGCCGUCCCUCUCUCCCCCUCGCUUCCCUUGGCUCAGCCCCCAUCCCUGUCCUCCGGCGCCGCUGGGAUUCCGGGUUCAGCAGGGGCCCUCUGUCGAGUAUUUCCGGGAGGCCCAGAUGUGAGGCCAUCCUGCCCUCGGGGAGCCCCGAUUCUGUGGGGGAGAAUGAGCAGUUGCAGGGGCGGCUGGGCCAGGAAAGGCCUCCGUGGAGUCCAGGACAGGCUGGGAAUCUUGCUGGCCUUUCCUGGGCUCCGGGCCUCCAGAACCUGUGCCGGCAUCCCCCACGACUUCCCAGGCUGCUAUGCGGCCCCGAGCCUGUGUCCUGGCUUGCUCGGAGAUCUCUGACGUCCCCAGCUUCCUGCCUCGGGAGCCCCGUAACCCCUCGGACCAUGUCUCUUCCCCACGAGGGCCUGCGUCACCCGUCCUGACCGCUUGGUGUGCCCGGCCUUGGGGCUCUCCGGUUGUCAGCUGCCCCGUGGGUGCAGGAAGGGCCUCUGGAUUCCAGGGGACGCCUCAGAGCCCUUCCCUGACGCUCCCCCACCUCUGGCCCUGGCUGGCGCAGAUCCCUCCCUGUGUGGGCUCCUGCCAGCCCUGUCUCAGGCUGCCCCUUCCCUCCCCGAGUCCCUGAGGGCUCCUGGCACCACCUGCUCACCUCCUGGGGGCCUGCACAGCUCCCCCCGGCAAGCCCCUAAUUGAGCCUCCAGUUGCUUGCACGGUCCAAGUCCCCGUUCGCUCUCUCCUGUUCUUCCUGUCGCCCCUCCUGGCACACCAGAGGCAUCUGCUGGCUGCUGGGUGCUGGGCUCCGGGCCCCAGCUCUCGCCUCUCCUUGCUUCUCCCGAGAUCUUGCCCCGAGUCACGGCCCUGUCCAGCCUCCAGCGCCCCUGGGCCAGGGCUGCUUCUGGGCUGUCCCAGCAUCCCCACAUCUUCCCGGCCAAAGAAGCCAGGGCCCAUCCUGUCGCCCUGCACGCCUGGCCCCCUUUGUUCUCAGUCAGACUCCCAGAAACCUCCUCGUAUAGCCUCCCCUGGGCAGCCUCUUGGGGUGCUACCCUGCAGCUCAUCCUGGCUGCUGAAUGGGCAGGGAGCAAUGAGUGUAGCCCAGUGCCCCCAGAAGGCCCCUGGACAAUAGCUGGGGGCUUAUUCUUGGGGUGACCCCCCCCCCACCAAGUGCCCUGGCGAAGCAGGGUGGUCCGUCAGGGAACGCCAGCCUGUGCCGGGAGCCUGCCUCCAGCAGCCCCCGCUCCAGUGCGGUAGAAGCGAGAUAGAGUCAGUCAGAACUGGGCUCGGGCACCCCUCCCAGGGCAGAAUAAGCCUCCCUCUCAGCCAGGGACCAAGGCCGGGGCACAGUCCCAAGUCCCCCGAGCACCGAGGUGAGGCCAGGUGAGGCAUACGCCAGUCCCAAAUGAAAGGCCAGGCCAUCGUGGGGGCCGGGAGAGGCCAGGAUCUUACAGGCUCUGGAGGGUCCCCUCCGGCCACUGCCUGUAUCCUGGGAGCUGAGGGACACUGGCUGGAGUCAGGGCUCUGCGAGGAGCCCCCUGAAGGAUCUCCACUGCACAGAAUGGGAGCUGACAGCCUGAGUGCCCGUGGGGGGGGGGGCAGGAUUUGGGCCCUUCCUCCCCCCUCAGGUCACAGGCUGGGGGGGGGGGGGAGUAUUUGGUCAGCCCAUAAUCCAUCUCCUCAAGAUGGCAUUAGUAAUGUGAGAUGAGAGCAAUGCCGCUGGCAUUGGAGAAUCCUGAGGGGAGACCCCAGAGGGUCCUCAGCACUUAGGAGCAGAUGGGCAGGGCGAGGCCACCUCCAGGAAGGGAAGUCUGAACCAGCUCCUGAGGAGAGCCCGAGGCCUAGCUGAGGAGGGAGAGCACCGCAGGUGCAGGCCACGACUUAGGCAAGGGCACCAGCAGUGAAGCAUCAUGUUGGAGGCAUGGCAGGGUGAGGACUGGCCUUUUCAUAUCAAAGGGAGGAUGGUCUGGAAUGGGGAGAGCUCUGAGUGGCCCCCCAGCCCAAGAAGCUCCCAGAGUAGCCCAGGUGUGGAGCGAAGGUCAGGGAAAGGGGAGCAUUGGUGUCUCAGAGGGGAAAGUGACCGGAGGUCAGGAGGUCAGAAGGGUGAAAUAAACUCGAUGGCGCCAAAGGUGAAAUAAACAGCUGUGGCUCAGAUGAAAUUGA